AUGCCUUCAUUCGAGUCUCCUCGUCACUACAACGUCCCUUGGCCGCAGUGUCCUCGAGAGCCACGGAAACGUAGUCUGUCAGAGACUGCCUCCCAUACCUCUGUUGCCGAGCCCAAGCGACCACGGACCACCUCUGUCUCAGCAGCUGCGGCAGCUGCCGUUGCUGCUGCUCAAGGUUUGGUCCAAGCCCCACGGCAUCGCCGAGCGAGUGUUGCUGGGCACCCUGUUGGCCUGGGGGCUUUGGCGCAGCAGCAGCGAUUCAUAGCCGAGAUGGGAGGAGCUGCAGGUUCUUUUGAGGAACCCUAUCAAGCCAACCUCUUCACUCGACAGGUCGUGUGUCAUGAAGACCUCAUCGGAAGGGUCAUAGGAGUUAAUGGCGUUAACGUUAAGCGUAUCGAGGCCAACGCCUCUUGUGAGAUCCACCAUAACGAAGUGGAUGGGCAGCCUGGGUUUGUUGCAGUGUCAAUCGCAGGGAAUUCCCAAGCGGCUGUUGACGAUUGCGCGGCUUGCAUUGAGCAACUCGUCACCAACAUUCGACAGGAGAUAUUGAGGACCAAUAAGACGAGUUUAUUUCCUAAAGCAGCUGUUCUAGUCGUACCGGGCUUCAUUCAGUCAGCGUUGAUUGGUCCGAGAGGUUGCGUCUUGCGAACCAUCGAGCACGACUCUAGUACUCGUAUCCAACUGGAUAAGGGCUCAGUCGUAACUGGUCGCUUUGAUGAUCAAAUGGUUGACGCCAAGUAUGGUGGUCAUCGGAUCACCAUCAAGGGCGCUGAUUAUGUCAGCCUUGGAUUAGCUGCUGAGUAUAUAGCGUUAGUGAUCAUUGGGAGGUAUCCUAUAGAUUUUGCUAUGCAUCGCUUCAUGAGCGGGUAUAAGAUGGAAACCUAUCGCGGAAUGUCUGUGGAAGAGUCGCUGGUCUACCGUCAGUUGCCGCUGGAGUGGUUGGACCAUUUCUUGCAGUGCAGUGAUUCACUGAAGAUGGAGCAGGACAAGAUGAGGAGGAGUCUUAUGGUUCGGUAUACGUGUGAGCUCCGAGAGAAGUACUUUAUCUCCUCGGAUUUGCUGAAGUGGAGCCGCAUCAAUAGGAAGGUGAUCAGUUUCUUGUCUGGGCAUAUGAUGGCCGCUCAAGAAAAGGGUCGUAUGAAAACAGCGUCACCACCAACGUCGAGUGGUGGGCCGGGAGAGAUAUCUGUCAUUGACGAUAAGAAGAGAGGGACGAGCUAUUGUUAUAAUCAGACUAUGGUUGGUCCCCAUACUGCGGGGGCGAAGAGCCCGUCUGAGGAGGAGGAGCCUGCUGUUCUUUCGGUUAUACCACCGUUGGCGCCUGCGCCGGUCCAUCUAACUGCCUUGUAUGUUGAUUCGGGCCAGGGGGUGGAGGAGCCGGGGGCCUCGGUGCCUGGUCCGGGAGCUUACGACGUGCCGCUAGAUUCACUUGGCUUUCCACAAAUUCGCUCUCAUUGGCGUAACGAGUCGUGUGUGACGAUGACGGCGAAGAAUGAGCAUUCGUGGUCGCGUGUAUUCAUAACGAAAAUGCAUUCCAAAGCCGUGAAAGGCUUGGAUGCUCCUGGCGCCGGGACAUAUGAUACCGACAGUGGCAGCCUCCGUUGUGAUAAGGCCAUCUCGUUCGCGCUGUCGAGGAGGCCAGACCUGUCCACUCAGCUGGGGGCAGGGGAUAGAGAGAGCCCGGGGCCGGGUUUCGUUGAUAUUCGCGACAAAUACAAAGAUGGCGAUGUAGCGUUGAGGCCUCGGUCGUCGGUGAGAUUCUCAUCGGGUGAGCGGUUCAGGAAGGGCCCGAUCAAUGGGCUGAAGGUGGGCCCUGGAGAGUAUGGGGACGUGGGCGAGUCGGCGAUCGACCCUAAAAGAAUGCGAAAGUCGUUCUCAGUUGGACAUAGAGCAUAUGAUAAGUAG